GAUGCGUAACGGUUAAUGUAAACAGAAAGACGAAAUCGAAAUACAAAAAGAGAUUCUGGUUUAUUUGUGAUGCUUACAAACGAAAUCAUAGUUAAACUUCGCUCUGUUCUCGGAAGCCUUUUCCUACAUUAUCCUAAAUUGGGAACAUUUGUGCAGCUAGGGAAAAACAUUUGCCACGGAAUGAGCACGAGACGAAUGAAAUAUCUUGUGCUUUUGCUUUUCUUGGUUCUGGUCAUUGUGGCUGUUAAAAGUGGAAAACUGAGUAAAGAUGGAAAAGCACUCAGUGAGGAAGUGUUGGAACAUAAACCAGCUGUAAACAAUGACCAUAACGAUGACAUCGACAAGCAAUUAAGAAAGGUAGCUGAAGAGAAUUCCUAUUUGAAGCUGAUGGUAGAAAGCCUACAAAAGAGUAUAAAGCCAAAACAUCCAGAAGUUAAAUUUUUACCCGAACAAGAAAGAAAGCGGAUUCUUGUUACAGGAGGAGCUGGAUUUGUAGGAAGUCAUCUUGUGGAUAAAUUGAUGUCUUUGGGACAUGAAGUCACAGUUGUUGAUAAUUUUUUCACCGGUCGAAAACGAAACGUCGAGCAUUGGAUUGGUCAUGAAAAUUUUGAGUUGAUUCACCACGAUGUUGUAACCCCAUUGUUCAUUGAGGUUGAUGAAAUCUACCAUUUAGCAUGUCCUGCUUCACCUCCGCAUUACAUGUAUAAUCCGAUUAAAACAAUAAAAACAUCAAGCAUUGGAACUCUCAAUAUGCUGGGUCUUGCUAAACGUGUCAAUGCCAGACUAUUGCUAGCUUCCACAUCGGAGGUGUAUGGGGAUCCAGAAGAACAUCCCCAGAAAGAAGAAUACUGGGGUCACGUUAACCCUAUUGGGCCGAGAGCUUGCUAUGAUGAGGGAAAGAGAGUUGCUGAAACAAUGUGCUAUGCAUAUAAAUCACAAGAUAAUGUUGAAGUAAGAGUGGCAAGAAUAUUUAACACUUUCGGUCCACGUAUGCAUAUGGCUGAUGGCAGGGUGGUGUCAAAUUUUGUACUUCAAGCUUUAAAAGGAGAAGAUAUUACAAUUUAUGGUAAUGGGAAACAGACAAGAUCAUUUCAAUAUGUGAGUGAUCUGGUCAAAGGACUUAUCGCCUUGAUGGAAAGUGAUGUCGAUUCUCCAGUUAAUAUUGGUAAUCCAAAGGAAUUAACAAUACAAGAAUUUGCGGAAUUGAUUAAGAAAAUGACUUCUAGUUCAUCUAAAAUAAUAAACAAAGAAGCUGCCACUGACGAUCCCAGGAAAAGAAAACCCGAUAUAACAAAAGCAAAGACUCUGUUACAUUGGGAACCAAUGGUAUCCUUGUCUGACGGACUCAACUCAACAAUUGCCUAUUUUAAAGCUGAAUUAUUACAGAAAUCUGAAAACAAAAGAAAUGUGUUUUUACCUCCUAAAGAAAGCCUGUUAUAGAAACAGAUGCUUUUGCUGGUGCUAAUCAAUAUAUGCAAAAGAUAUGUAAAGUCGUAUAUGAUUUAAAGGUCAUAUCAAGAAUAUUUAUGAGCAUGGACGGAAAUACUAAAAUUCAGCCCUUUUUUUUAUAUUCCCCCUUUUUUCAAAUAAUUAUUAGUUAAUGGAUGGACAAUUGGUAUUCUUGGAGGAAUAGUUUUUUUUGUUUGGUCAGGUUGACAGCUGGAAAUGUAUCAUGAAAUAGCCAUAACAUAAAAUUGUGUGUACAGACCAAUUUGAAGGACGACGGUUCAAAUCCUGAUUUUCUAUCAUUCUCUGCAUAUAAUAAAUUAACUUCUUGCUAUCCUCAAUAAUAAAAAUAUAAUCGGCCUAUAUUGUGUCGGUGAAUUUUUAUUGAGAAAGUGCAAUAUGCUAUUUCUGUAUUUAGAUGUUGCAAACAAUAUGUUAGGGCUUGUUUUUUGUGUUAAUGUCCAAUGUACUUCAUGAUAUUUUUUUAAAACUUUGCAAUUUGCACUGAAUCAGGCUCUGGACAAGCAGCCAGAAUUUCCGUUCUCAAGCUUCAAAAACAAGUUUGUUUCAGAUGAAUUUCAUGAAUGUUCAAACAUUGUUUUCAGUAAUAGUUUAUUUUUGAAUACUGCAAUUGCCGGCUCUGCACUGUUAGCAAAUCAGGCAUUAGACAUGUGUUUGUGUAUAUGUAUAAUGAUAGGAGCACAUAUGGUUAAAUUCUGUAUUUGUAACUUUUGAUAGCGCAAUUCCACAUUACUUAGAAUUUAUGAAUAUAAUUUUAAUUGAAGCCAUGGUUAUAUGAAUUUGUAAACCAUCGGAAGCAUCACAGAUAUUUUUAACUAUAUUUAUUUAUUCUUAGUGUUGCAUUUAUCAGAUAUGGCAUAUUGUUUUUUCAGAAAAAAGCAUGUUGAAUUAUUCACAAAUGCUUGAAGCAUAAAAAAAUAUUCGAAUUAUGGUGUAUUGGAAAGUUCCACUUUAUUUCUUCGUUAUUCGUUUCUUGUUGUUUAUAGAAGGAAGUUCUAUGAGCAGUUGAUACUUAUUGUAAAUAGAUCCUUUCUUUGGAAUUAUUGCAAGCACACCCAAGAGCAAAAAUAAUGAGAAAUCAGAGCUGUUUAUCAGGAAUGCUACCUGCAGAAAAACUUUGAAAAUGAUAUCUGUUUUUUUUUUAUUGCUACAAAUACUUGAAAAAAUAUUCCUGCUCUUUGCAUCUUGUCUUGACUUUUAGAGUUGGUAUCAAAUAAUUUUUUGCUUUUGUUAUGAUAUUGCUUAUAAUUUUCCUGAUUAUGUUUUAUGUUUCGAAAUGCUACUAAAAAUGACUCUUCAUCGAUAACAGCAGCUUCAGUUUGGAAGCUUGCAGUUCGACCUCUGAAUAUUUUCUAUUAAUUAAUAUCACUUCGUUUCUAUGUAAAAAAUGCAUCACUAUUUUUUUGAAUUUUUUUAUGCAAUUUUUGGAGACUGCUUAUAUGCAUUUCUAUUCUCUCCCAUUGCUGCUUACGAGUCUAUAUAUAUGUGUCUAGUGACAGCUCAGAUAACAGGAACUCUCCCAUUAAUACUCAAUAUCGUAGAUUGCUUUUUGUAGAAAUUUGACCAUGACACGCUCUGCUGUACGAAGUUUCUUAAGAGGUAUUAUGGGUAUCACAAUAUGACAAUAGUCUUGUACCUCCUAUGGUUGUGUUUAAAAAUAAUGUGACAUUUUGUAAUUUCAUAACCAGUUCCAGUUUUUAUUUUGCACAACAUGUCCACUCUGUUUCAGUAGUUUUCAAAAAUUAUGCCAGGGGGGAUGGGUCUUUUUUUGUAAGCACCGUUUUUAGAAUUUUUUUUUUAUUUGCAAAAAGCGGCAUUGAAAAAGUACCCUACUUAAUUUUUUCACAAGACCAUAUAUUUAUUUACCUUCAGUUAAAAUUAAUAUGUAAAAUAUCCCAAAUUAAGGAUUUUCAAAGAAUUAUAUUAGAUGAGAUAAUAGAAACAUUAACUGAUACAAGUUUAUUUGACAAGCAAGUUAACUCAUUACCAGUUAAUCUUCAUGUGACUGGCGCGUUUGAUGACUGUUGUCAACCAAUUUAGGGCUAGGAGUGAGAUGUACUAAUUUUAAAAAAUGGUCUGCAAAUUUGCGUCUGUAAUAAGUUUAAUGUUCAUUGGCUUGUUUAUUUUUUUUAUUGAGUAAGUUUGUUUCACAAUUAUAGGUGGAUUUCUACAGAACAAACAUUUUCCUUACUACCUACAGCCCUACACUAUUUCCAUCUUUGAAUUAAGGUAUCAUGGGGUUGCUUGAUAUGCCUUUGCUUGAUAAAGUUUUCUAUUUAGUAAUUUAUUUACAUUUUUCCACUUAAUUCCUAUUUAAUCAUGUAUAGAAUACCCUUUUGCAGUAUUGUUGUUUGUGAAAAUGAAAUAAAAUCGUAUCAGCACAAGUA